AGACGUCAACGAGUCCGCCCUUGAAACCACCGCGGCCAUGGCAGUGCUGACGGUCCUUCUGCGCGGUGGCGCCCGCGGGCGCAGCCCCCUGCUGCGGAGCCUGGUGCAGGAAGUAAGAUAUAUGAAGCGCAGUUAUGUAGCAAAACCUACAUUGAAUGAGGUGGUCAUCGUAAGUGCCGUAAGAACACCCAUUGGAUCUUUCCUAAGCAGUCUUUCCUCACUGCCAGCAACUAGACUUGGCUCCAUUGCAAUUGAGGGAGCCCUUGGAAAAGCAGGAAUCCCAAAAGAAGAAGUGAAAGAAGUAUACAUGGGUAAUGUUAUACAAGGAGGUGCAGGACAAGCCCCUACCAGGCAGGCAGCGCUGGGUGCAGGCUUGGCUGUUUCUACUCCAUGCACCACCAUAAAUAAAGUCUGUGCUUCAGGAAUGAAAGCCAUCAUGAUGGCAUCUCAGAACCUCAUGUGUGGACAUCAGGAUGUAAUGGUGGCAGGAGGGAUGGAGAGCAUGUCCAAUGUGCCCUUUGUGAUGAACAGAGGAGCCACCCCGUAUGGUGGAGUCAAGCUUGAAGAUUUGAUCGUGAAAGAUGGCCUAACAGAUGUCUACAAUAAAAUUCAUAUGGGAAACUGUGCUGAGAACACGGCAAAGAAGCUUCAUAUUUCGCGGGAUGAACAGGAUACUUAUGCUAUUAACUCCUACACCAGAAGCAAAGCAGCCUGGGAAGCAGGAAGGUUUGGAAAUGAAGUUAUUCCUGUCACAAUUACAGUAAAAGGUAAACCUGAUGUAGUGGUGAAAGAAGAUGAAGAAUAUAAACGUGUUGAUUUUAGCAAAGUUCCCAAGCUGAAGACGGUUUUCCAAAAGGAAAAUGGCACAGUGACAGCUGCCAACGCUAGCACCCUGAACGACGGAGCCGCUGCCGUGGUUCUGAUGACAGCAGAUGCGGCCAAGAGGCUCAAUGUAAAGCCACUGGCAAGGGUAGCAGCAUUUGCUGAUGCUGCUGUCGAACCUAUUGAUUUUCCAAUUGCACCAGCGUAUGCUGUGCCCAAGGUUCUUAAAAAUGCAGGACUGAAAAAAGAAGAUAUUACAAUGUGGGAAGUGAAUGAAGCCUUUAGUCUGGUUGUACUGGCAAACAUUAAAAUGCUGGAGAUUGAUCAUCAGAAAGUAAACAUCAACGGAGGAGCCGUUUCUCUGGGACAUCCGAUUGGGAUGUCUGGAGCCAGAAUUGUCGUUCAUAUGGUUCACACUUUGAAGCCAGGAGAAUACGGUCUUGCCAGUAUUUGCAAUGGAGGGGGCGGGGCUUCUGCCUUGCUGAUUCAGAAGUUGUAGACCAAAGAAGAUAAUCGUUAUGCAAUCAGAAAGGCCUGCUGCAAUAAAUCAAAUACCUAACA